GCUUGAAAUGCCUCAUCUAAAACGUCGCUAUGUAAUGCCAUGCUAUCGUAUCGCCGAAUUGGCAUGACUCGUGACAGCAUAAAUGGGGAAAGGGGAGCCACCUUUGAUAGGAUACCCCUACCGCAAACCACAGCGGAACCCGCCCGCAAAGUGCUGAUUGAUAUGCAGAGAGAUCUGACACAUUGGACUUGUUCAGGCCUUAUCUUUUCGGUCAUUUGAUGCUUGUCUAUCGCCGCGUCGCCGGAUUGUUUGCUUUCCAAACACAGCUAUCAAAAGCGUGCACCACAUCGGCCUCUCCCCUUUCCGUCUUGUCACUUUCACAAUCUCUGACUUCUUCAGCUUUGCUGAACUGUUUUCACAUCUCCUACGACGAAAAUGGGCAAAAGAAGUUCCUCAAUCGCCAGCGCGGGCGCGCGUAGGUCCGUCGAUGAUGCGGCCGCUGAUACUGCCCUGGCCAAGAUGGGUUAUAGUGCAGAACUCCCCAGAACACUUAGUAUGCUGUCGGUCCUGGGCUUAAGCUUCGCGAUAAUGGCGGUUCCAUAUGGACUCUCGACGACGUUCUACAUAUCUCUGGCCAACGGGCAGUCAGUCACGGUCAUCUGGGGUUGGGUUCUGCUCUCGCUCUUAUCGGUAGCCAUAGCAGGCUCCCUGGCUGAGAUAUGCAGCGUGUACCCAACGUCUGGCGGUGUUUAUUACUGGUCUGCUCUUCUGGCAACGCCACGGUGGGCACCGAUUGCAAGCUGGGUCACGGGCUGGCUGAACUUGGUUGGGAACUGGUGUGUUACGCUGUCUAUCAAUUUCGGCGGCGCCCAGCUUAUACUAAGUGCGAUCUCGCUCUGGGAUGAGGACUACGUUGCCACGGCUUGGCAAACUGUUUUGAUGUUUUGGGCUGUCACCCUCUUAUGUUUCCUCAUCAACGUCUUUGGACACAAGUACCUGGAUUGGAUCAACACGGUAUGCAUAUACUGGACCGGCGCCUCGAUGAUCAUAUUCCUCGUUGUCCUACUGGCAAUGUCGCCAACAAAAAGAAGUGGCGAAUUUGUCUUUGCCCACUAUGACGCUUCUGGCUCGGGCUGGCCGACCGGCUGGGCAUUCUUUGUUGGCCUGUUGCAACCUGCAUAUGUUCUCACGGGCUACGGAAUGGUUGCUGCCAUGUGCGAGGAGGUGCAGUCACCCGAGCGCGAGGUUCCCAAGGCCAUUGUGCUGUCCGUAGUGGCAGCCGGUCUUACGGGCUUGGUCUACCUCAUCCCCAUCUUGUUUGUGCUCCCCGACGUCCAAACACUGCUUGAGGUCGCAAACGGUCAACCAAUCGGCCUCAUUUUCAAAACGGCGACUGGAAGUGCUGGCGGAGGUUUCGGAUUGUUGUUCUUGAUUCUGGGCAUUUGGUUGUUCGCGGGUGUAGGUGCUCUAACAGCAUCAAGCCGGACAACCUAUGCCUUCUCGCGCGAUGGUGCAAUUCCCUUCUCCAAACUCUGGAGCAAGGUCGACAAACGCUUCGACAUACCGUUUUGGGCUCUCACUCUGUCCGCUGUCGUCAACUGCCUGCUCGGGCUCAUCUACUUUGGAUCGACGGCAGCUUUUAGUUCUUUCACCGGUGUGGCCACUAUCUGCCUCUCAACCUCGUACGGCCUGCCCAUUCUGGUCUCUGUCGUUACCGGCCGCAAGAAGGUCGAGCAUGCCUCUUUCUCGCUGGGCCGCUUUGGCUUCGUCAUCAACAUUAUUACACUAAUGUGGAUCAUUUUGGCAAUUUUCUUAUUCUGUCUACCAACGACCCUGACUGGUCUUGAUGCAUCCAGCAUGAACUAUGCCAGCGUUGUCUUUGCCGGUUUUGCGAUGAUCAGUAUCGUGUGGUACUUCGUUUGGGGUCGGAAGGCCUUCACUGGUCCUCCCAUCUUGAAUACCAUGUCGGCAGAGCCAAUUGGAGUGGUCAAAGGCAGGUCCGUGGACCUUGAAGGAAAGCCAGAGACUCUUGAGCCGAAGGAGAGCAAAUAAAGAGAGAAAUGGAGGAUGUUGUGAUGUAGGUAUUAUUGUACAGUUCCGCAAUUAUAUAUGAGGCAACUCAUCUUGCGUCCUCGGUCUAGACGACGAGAGAUCCGAUACUUUGUAAAACAAAAAAGACUCGCUCAGUUUGAGUAUCAGACAUUAUAAUCACAUUUUUCCUUCUCUACCUCUACAAACUGCAAUGUAUUAUAGAGCGACUUCUAUAGUUCUACUGGGAGUUUAACGUCUUAUAUCGGGGCCUAUUAGCUAGUGUAACGGGGAUACCACACGUCUUACGAUAGUAGUUAGGUAGUGUAAAGAGCGGCUAUAAUACGUUAGGGUUAU